AUGAGCAACACUGGCAUGAGCAUGAGGGGCAAGAUCAUCUUCUACGAGGACAGGAACUUCCAGGGUCGCUCCUAUGAGUGCAUGAGCGACUGCUCUGACAUGACCUCCUACCUGAGCAGGUGUCACUCCUGCAGGGUGGAGAGUGGCUGCUUCAUGGUCUAUGACCGCCCCAACUACAUGGGAAACCAGUAUUUCAUGAGGAGGGGCGAGUACUCAGACUACAUGAGCAUGAUGGGCAUGUCAGACUGCAUCAGGUCUUGCCGUAUGAUCCCCAUGUACAGAGGCCAGUUCAGGAUGAGGAUCUAUGAGAGGGAGAACUUCGGUGGUCAGAUGUACGAGCUGAUGGACGACUGCGACAACAUCAUGGACCGCUACCGCAUGUCCGACUGCAUGUCCUGCAACGUGAUGGAUGGCCACUGGCUGAUGUACGAGCAGCCCCACUACAGAGGCAGGAUGAUGUACCUGAGGCCUGGAGAGUACAGGAGCUUCAGGGAGAUGGGAAUGAGCGGGAUGAGGUUCAUGAGCAUGAGGCGCAUCAUGGACUCCUGUUACUAA